AUGGUUCAGCACCUCCUGCUUACUCGAGCUCCUGCUACAGCUACUCAUACUAUCACUGGUCAAGCACCUCCAGUCGCUUCUGGUCAUCCUGUGGCUGGUUCAGCACCGUCCUAUAGCUACUGCAGGUCAUCCUGGUACAGCACCAUCCGUUACUGGUACAGUCACCAUUCGUCGCUGGUACAGCACCAUCCGCCACUGCUCCAACACCAUCCGCCGCUGCUCCAACACCAUCAUUCGCUGCUCAACACCUCCAGCACUAUACUCCUCACUCUCAAGGCACCAAGUGCUCCAGCUCCUCCUGCCGCUGAAGGAACUGCUCCAGCACCAGCACCUUACAUGACACCAACAGCGCAAUACUACGCACCACCACCAGCACCUUACAUGACACAACCAGCACAAUACUACGCACAACCACCAGCACCUUAUGCGGCAUCAGCAGCGUCCGCCGGCACUUAUGCGGGAUCAGCAGCUCGCCAGCACCAUAUGCGGCACCAUGCAGCUCCGCCAGCACCUUAUGCGGCACCAGCAGCUCCGCCAGCACCUUAUGCGGCCACCAGCAGCUCUCCUGCACUUAUAUGGCAUCAGCAGCUCACCAGCACCUUAUGCGGCAUCAGCAGCUCCGCCAGCACCUUAUACGGCACCAGCAGCUCCGCCUGCACCUUAUGCGGCACCAGGCAGCUCCGCCGGCACCUUAUGCGGGAAUCAGCAGCUCCGCCAGCGCAAUAUGCGGGCACCAGCAGCUCCGCCAGCACCUUAUGA